GAAGUUGGAAGAACUUCAAAUCGCAACCGAGCAAAAAGCCCAAGCGAGGGAAAAAGAACUCUUAUUGGAAGUAGCGAAACAACAAGAAAAAAACAAGGAGCCCGCGAAGCAGCCGCCAAGGCAGCCCGAGCCGCCGAAGUGGCCGAGUUUAAAUAUGUUAAUCAACAAAAGGAUCAGAUUAAAGGAGUUGCGAGCCUGAUGAACCCUGACGAGACCGACCCCGACCGAAAGGCAAGAACAACUAAAAUAUUCGACCCAAUUUCAAAUCAGGCCAUCCAAGUCGAAUUUAUUCAAACGAUGGUCGCCGAACACCCCCUAUUUGCCAAUUAUUACGAUAUUGGCAAUGUUAAAAUAGAUGGUGGAACCGCGAAAUUUAUAGGAGGCCAACAAGCCGAAGGAAAACUCGUUGAAUAUGGCUUAUUUGGUGAUAUGACCUCCGUGGAUUUUGGCCGUUUAGCAUUUGAAAACCCUGGCAUGUUAGGACAAGUGUUCGAUGCCAAAAUUGAAGGACGAAAUUAUAAGGAUAACACCGCAUUUAUAGAAUUAGACAAAGAUUACUUUAAAAUUGACACCGACCCUCAAAAGGCGUUAGAAUGUCAAGCCCGAGCGUUGAAGUUUAUAUCCGAUGUGGAGAAUAUGUGUUAUAAUUUCUUGGAAUACUCCAAAGAUUAUAAUAUUGCUGACAAGGAGGCCGUGACAAAGGCUCUCCAAAACAUAACAAUUAUUUUUCAUCACAAAGUUAACACCUUUUUAAAUACUUAUGCUUAUAGUGGUGCGUUCAAUGUUUCUUAUAUUGAGUUAAGAAAUAAAGUUGGAAAAGUAAUUGUUAAGAAAUUGCCCGAGUGGAAAAAUGAUGAUGUGGCUUAUAAAACUUAUAAUGCUGAUGGAACCGCGACCGAAGUUAAGGCCGUGGCCGACCAACAAGCAUUUAAGUGGAGAGCGUUAAUCCAUGACAAUAACUUUUAUAAGAUAAGAGAUGCCAUUAACCAUCCUGGAAAUGAUGAUGUUUUUAUAGAUAGUAAAGAUUAUAAUAUUGACCUGACUUCCUAUGUUGGCAUCGACAAUAUUGACUUAAAACUUUUAUCUAGUUUUAGCAAAUCAAACUUUAAGGCCGUAAUCAAAAAGUCUUUAAUGAAAAGUUUGCGUGGUAAAAGUAGACUUAAAGGCAGUGGUGAUUUAGUGCCCUUGUGGCCGUAUUGCGAAAAAGAAACCAACGAACAAGGAUUAAUCGCCGUAAUUUAUAAAGGAGGAGAAAUGUUAAUGGUGGAUGCUGUGAGUUAUGCAAAUGAAGCCGAUGGAACCAAGAAGGCUAAUUAUUUCGUAAGCAAAAACCCUUAUAAAAAAUAUACAACUUUAACUAUCAAAGUCCCCGCCGUAGUUAAUGGAAAACAGACAAGCGAAACAACCGCCGAGGCUAUGGAUGGAGACAAGAGCCGAUUAUUCGCCGUUUUAGAAAAUGAUGUAGACCUUUCCCCCUCUCUGGUUGGAAUUGAUGAAGAUUUGGCAAAGUUAGAAGUUAUUUUAGAUGCGAUUUGGCAUGAUAUAGUAAUCAGCAAGAAGAAAAUAUAUUUUGUUUUUCCCCAAGACCCUGACCCCGAAGACUGA